AUGGUAACAACUGGAUCACAAUCUGGAAAAUGGUAUAGUUCCAGUUGCAAUGGUGUGGACGGAAGUAAUUCUUACAUUUGUGAAAUGCCGACUACAACAAAUGGAACAAUUAAGGGAGCAGAGUCAUGUGUAAACUACGAUGGGUACUGCUAUUAUACGACACAUGAUGCGCCUCUGGAAGUUGCGGAGAGUAUUUGUCAAGAGAAUAAUGGUCACGUCGCCUCAAUCAACUCUCAACAUGAAAACGAUUUCAUCAAGAACACAUUUUCCAGUGUCUACUUUUUAAUGCUUUGCGCUAGAGAGUAUUUUCCGAACGUCUAUGCAUGGUCCGAUGGAUCGUUGUUUGAAGAUUUCGAUAAGCGAUACCAAUUCGAUAUUGCUGACAACACGAGGCCCUGCUUAGUGAUGACUACCGAUACUGGGUUAUGGAUGAGAGCCGGAUGUGAUAUUCAACAAUCAUUUGUCUGCAAAGUACCACUUGAGCCAAAAACAAUUGAAGGCAAUUCCCACUGCAACUCUACUAUGCUAAUGGCUCCCACAACCAUUACAUCAUAUGGCUACAACAUCGGUUCCGAAGUUUUCACACCUUGUACAUACCAGAUAAUAUCACCAGGGCCAUAUUUUAUCCAAAUUUACUUCGUGGAUAUUCAGAAUAGUACUGUAGAAGUUUUUGAUGAAAACGGAAACGAGAUUGCUCUUGCAACAUCUAGGACUACAGUAUACGCCUCGUCAAAUUUUGUAACUGUGGUUCACAAAAGUGGAGGAUUGUUUAAGGCAAAAGUGUUGGUCGCUUGA